AUGGCUUCUUCUGCUGACGUUCGAGACAUAUUGUCGCUCCCCGCCAGCUCUUCUGGUCUUAUGCCAGCAGCAAAGAAGAUUGUUGCAAGUGGGCCUUCUAGGAAACCUGAUGGAAUAUCCCGCGAGGUGUAUGCCCUUAUUGGAGACAAUUCUCCGACACUCGUUCAAAACUAUGCCGCACCGAAACUGAAGCAAAAACCAACUUUUGGAAGGUCCCAAGCGGAGAAGCCAAAAGAGGAGGAGAAACCGGCUACUAAAUGGGAAUGGCGUGAAUUUUCAAACGGAGCAAGAACGGAUGGCUUGAAACUCAAGCAUUGGACGAAGAUCUCUCCUGAGAGGAAACCGAUUCAAUUUGAAAAGUAUAAUGUUACCCCGACGAUAUACACUUAUUCAACUGACGAGUACAAUAAACUUCUUCAAGACCCGGAUUGGUCUCGUGAAGAGACAGACUACCUAUUCCAAAUAGCGCGCGAGUACGAUGUUCGUUUCUUUGUUAUACCGAGAGACGACUCGAAAGAGUAUCUCAAGGGACUAUUCAACCGCACACCCGCCCAAAUCGCUGAGGAGGAAGCGCUUUACAUUGAGAUGAAACGCCUGCAACAAAAUGAAGCCCGUUUUGCAAGAGACAGGGAAGAGAUUUUGCGCACUCUGGGUGGCUUGGACUCGGGCCUUGCAAACUUGAAUGUCGAUCCAGAUUACUUCGUCACAGGCCCGGGAAGCAUAACCGCCAGUACAGUAACUCAAGAAAAGAAGAAGAAGCGAAGAGAUACGAGUGUUAGCGCGAGCGGAAUGGACUUGGAUACUCCUGGGACACCUGGAAGUAACAGUCUGGCAUUGAUGGGUCUCGGACCUGCGAACAAGGUGAGAAAGACGGACGCCAAGCAGGCUGCGAGCGACCUCUUGAACUGCGUCACUCGCCUCGAUCCACCUACGAACCCAACCAAAUCAGGCCAUGUUGCCGCGCACGCAAGGUCCUCACGGAUCCCUACCGUCCGAGUCUCGUCUGGCAUUCAUGCCAUCAUUGGUGAACUCGGCCUCUCCCACGACAGACUUGUCAUGCCCACUCGAGCCAACAUCGAGAAGAUUGAGAGCCUGCAACAGGCCGCGAUGGGUUUGGUGGAAGUUAAGCGCGCACACGACCGCACUAAACACGAACUCUCGGUACUCAAAGGGAGACUCGAACAGCUUCAAAAUGGAGGGGAAGAUGCUGAACGAGAAGACUCGACUGGGCCGAAUACCAAAAAGGGUAGGAGUCGGACACCAGGCGAGAAACAGCGAAAACGCUCUGUGUCUGUUUCGUCCUCUGGUACUGCUGCCACCCACGCCACCCGAGGAGGUAAUACCAAGCGACAACGCAAAGAUAGUAGCAUGCUUCCACCCACAUGA